GUAGCAACGGCGUCGAUUUUUUUCAAACAAAACCGUUUCAAACUAACGGCGUUCACUUGACAUUUUGUUUUUUCUACAUUCCCGAAAUUCCAUGAGGCUUACGCUCAAAACAUGAUGUAUUGUUCUUCUAUACAACGACAUUGAAGGGCAACUUGAUUUUAUAUGAUAUACAUGUGGAGGACUGCCUACCUGGAGACGUCAGCUGCCAUGACUAACUGUUGACAGUUCAAGCCUCUGCUGUGGACUGGAUGCCUGACUGGAGCUGAAAAGGAUCCCGUCUCAGCAGCAGCGUUUGUGUCUCAGCGCUGCCGCCAUGGUGCUUCUGACCGCAGACCUGAUCGCCAAGUCCAUUAGUCGCUUCAAAAAGAAGAGGGGCCUCUCCCAUCCAGAGUACCUGAAGACCAUCACUCACCUGCACUUCUCCAACAAGAACAUCCAAGACAUCGGCGACAUCUCCUUGUGCAGAAACCUCACUGUUCUCUACUUGUACGACAAUCAAAUCACAAAGAUUUGCAACCUGGGCUUCGCCUUCAACCUGACUCAUCUGUACAUGCAGAACAACGACAUCACUCGAAUGGAAAACCUCUCCAGUCUGCAGAUGCUCUCCAAACUGUAUCUGGGUGGAAACAGGAUCACAGUGGUGGAGGGUCUGGAGCAGCUCACUGAGCUGAAGGAGCUUCAUCUGGAGAAUCAGAGGCUGGCACCGGGGGAGAAGUUGCUCUUUGACCCCUCGACCCUCCUCGCUCUUGCUAAAUCUCUGUGUGUCCUGAAUAUCAACAGGAACAACAUUGAUUACAUCCGAGACCUGGCGGCGUUGAAGGAGCUGCGUCUUUUUAUCGCCACCGACAAUAGGUUGCAGAGCCCUGAGGAGUUGGAAGACGUGUUAAGUCACUGGCCUCAGCUGCUCCAGAUGGAUCUGAGAGGGAAUCCUGUGUGUAAACUGUCCAAGUACAGAGACCGACUGAUCACUGCCUGCAGAAGCCUGGAGAUUCUGGAUGGGAGGGAAAUUAAUGAGUUGACCAGACAGUUCCUGAUCAACUGGAAAGCAUCCAAAGAAGCCAAGAUGAGAAGAAGCAACAUACGGAUGCUGACUGGUCCACUGAUGCCCCACACUUGAACAAAUGCCUUGCACAUGGCUCAAAGUCUCACAUCCACCUCCACACAGCAGUGGAACUCCUGAUAUAUUUAGAUUUGAUGCUGCAUUUACAAAAUAUUCGUCUAAUCAGUUUCUUUGUAAAUUAUUUCUGUUUAUUCACAAACUUGUACUGUUGUCAGUGAGAUAAAAAAAACGCAAUAAAAUAAUUUAUACUGCUAACUGCUGCAGCUGGUGU